AUGGAGCUUAGUACAUUGGUAGUAGCGAAGAAGACGAAGAACCGUGCCCGCCACCUCGCCGUUCUUCUCCUACUCGUCGCGUGCGCCUGCGCGGGCGGCAUUGAGCCGGCGGGCGGCGCCGGCGGGAGGUGGGACCUCCUGCAGAGCAGCAUCGGGGUGUCGGCGAUGCACAUGCAGCUGCUGCACAACGACCGCGUCAUCAUCUUCGACCGCACCGACUUCGGCCGCUCCAACCUGUCCCUCCCCGACGGCCGUUGCCGCGUGAACCCGCGGGAGCGCGUGCUCCCUCGAGGGGACUGCACCGCGCACUCCGCCGAGUACGACGUCGCCGCCAACGCGUUCCGCCCGCUCUCCGUCUUCACCGACACCUGGUGCUCCUCGGGCACCGUCGCGCCCGACGGCACGCUCGUCCAGACCGGCGGCUGGAACGACGGGUUCCGCAACGCGCGCACCAUGCCCGCGUGCGGCGGCACCGGUGACGACAAGAGCUGCGACUGGUCCGAGAAGCAGGACGCGCUCGCCGCCAACCGGUGGUACGCCACCAACCAGAUCCUCCCGGACGGCCGCGCGUUCAUCCUGGGUGGCCGGAGGCAGUUCAGCUACGAGUUCUACCCGAAGGCCGGCCCUUCGGAUACGUCCGUCGUCCAAAUGCCAUUUUUGGUGCAGACCAAGGAUCCCGAGGAGAACAAUCUUUAUCCGUUCGUACACCUCAACAUAGAUGGCAACCUUUUCAUCUUCUCCAACAACCGCGCCGUCCUGCUGGACUACAAGAGUAACAAGAUCGUGCGGACGUACCCCGUGCUGGGCGACGGCGACCCGCGGAACUACCCCAGCUCGGGCUCCUCGGUGCUGCUCCCGCUGAAACCCAACCCCACCGAGGCCGAGGUGCUGGUCUGCGGCGGCGCGCCGGCGGGCUCCUACAACUCCACCAAGGGCGGCGCCGGCACCUUCGUCCCGGCGCUGACGACGUGCGGGCGGAUCAAGAUCACCGACGCCGCGCCGGCGUGGGUCAUCGAGACUAUGCCGUCGCCGCGGGUGAUGGGCGACAUGAUCCUGCUGCCCAACGGCGCCGAGGUGGCAAUCAUCAACGGCGCCGCGGACGGCGCCGCCGGGUGGGAGUCCGCCAAGACCCCCGCUUACGCGCCCGUCGUCUACCGUCCCGACCACUCGCCGGGGGACCGGUUCGAGGAGCAGACCGCGACGGGCGUCGCGCGGCUGUACCACUCCUCGGUGGUGCUGCUCCGCGACGGCCGCCUGCUGGUGGGCGGCAGCAACCCGCACACCUACUACAACUUCAGCAACGUGCAGUUCCCCACCGACCUCAGCCUGGAGGCCUUCUCGCCGGAGUACCUCGACGCGUCCAACGACAUGCUCCGCCCGAGGAUCCUCGACCCGUCCCCCACCGGCGCGCCGACGAGCGUGGCCUACGGGGCGACGAUGGCGCUCCAGUUCUCGGUCCCGGCAUCGGUGCGGAGACGGCAUGGCGGCGCCGCGGGCCUCCUCGGUGACGUGUCGGUGACGAUGGUGGCGCCGUCGUUCACGACGCACUCGUUCGCGAUGAACCAGCGGCUGCUGUUCCUUGACGUCACCAAGAAUGUGGCGGUGCGCGGCCGGGCCAGCACGUUCAAUGCGUCGGUAACGAUGCCGGCGACGGCGGUGCUGGCGCCACCGGGGUACUACAUGGUGUUCGUGGUGAACGGGCACAUCCCCAGCGAGGGGAUUUGGGUCCAAAUACAGGCACAGCAGUGA